AUGGGGAUUUCCCGGAGCAAGCCGGCGCGGGAGUGGCCGCCGGCGCCGCCGCCGGAGCCUAGGGUGGAGGUGCCGCCCCUCAUCGAGCCCCCUCCCAACGCCGCCCGCACCAGGAUGCAGGUGCCUGGGUAUGAGCAGUGGUUCGGGAAGCCCUCGUUACGCAGCCUAUUCGACGACUACUUCAAUCAAGCUGGGAGCGUGAACGCAGGGGUCAUGCUCAAGAUGCUGCAGGAUCCUCAUGUCGAUUUGACCGCAACUGGUGGUAUUGGUUCCUUUGCGACAAUUCCUUUGCAAGCUGGAAACAGCAUGCUUUCAGAAAAUAAUAGCGUUAUCGGUUUAAGAUAUGAUUCCCAGAAUCUGUCAUUGGGGGCAACUGUUGUGCCAUUUCUCUUACCCGGUGAGGAACCCUCUAUGGUUCCCUAUGGUGCAUGGUUAGUUGGAAGAAUAGGGGGAUUAAGUGCAGGGGCACAAUACAAGCCACUUAAUGGAAGCAUGAAUUGUUUGCCUUUUGAGGACUUGAAGAACUGGGAUUAUGCAAUCAGUUAUGAUGUGGGAUCAGCUAGCCCACUAAGCCCCUCACUAAAUUUUUCUCUAGAGCUUGUCAGAAGUACACAGCUGGUUGCAUCAUUCUAUCAGCACCAGGUUGUCCUAAGGGAGGUAAAAGGAGGUCCUCGUUUUGAAGAUGCAGACGAAAUUGUAAACUACAUUGAUUUUGGUGUUGAACUAGCCACAAGGGUGGGUAAGGACAAACCAACAGACGAUGCCGACAAUUCCUCGUUUCAGAUAGCUGCAAACUGGCAGGCCAAUAAGAACUUCCUAGUAAAGGGGAAGUUAGGGCCCUCCAAAUCUUCUGUAGCUUUGGCAUUCAAGUCUUGGUGGAAACCCAUGUUUACACUUAGCUUCACAGCUGUGAAUGAUCAUGCGAAGGGUACAAGAGGGUACGGAUUUGGAAUCCAUGUCGACGAUCAGAGAGACCCAGAUUCCAGCCAUCUCCUCUAG